AUGGCGGCGAUGAGCGCGACGAGCGCGCUCGGGGGCCUCGGGAUGAUCCCGGGGGUCCGGAGACAGUGGGGCGGCAAGGGCGGGAUCUCGACCGGCGUGCGAGCGCGCGCGGCGAUCGGGGCGCGCGCGGGGGUGUACGCCAAGCUGGGAGAGGAGAAGGUCGGCGCGAUCGCGCCCAGCCGCGGCGCGUUCACCGCGGCCGCGCUCGCUCUCGGCCACAAAACCUCGCCCGUUCGCGGAUCCAAGGUGGUGGCGCGCGCCAAGGCCCAAGGCCCGGCGACUCCCCUCGCGUCCAACGUGUUCAACAUCGCCACGGAGAAGCUCCCGGGCGGCGAUAACCUCACCAACGAGGGUAUCCUCGGCUUCUUCCUCGCGGGUGUCCUCGGGCUGUACCUCCUCUCGGUGGCGCUCCGAACCUUCGCCGUCAUGAUCGGCUUUUGCUUCACCGGGUUCAAGUACAUCGUCAUGGGCGUCGCGCUGGUCCUGAUCGGCGUCGCGGCGUCGUGAGAAACAUUCUUUUCGCCUCAGGGUCUUCUAGUAGCUUGUCAAUGACACCCUAACGCUAAACU